GAAGAAGAGAGAGGGGUGGAAGUGGGAGGAGGGGAACGAUCGAUCCGAGCUGAGCGGCGAGAAGAGAUGGGGGAUGCCAUAGUUUCAAAGCGCCCUUCUCGCCCCCUCUCUUGUUCUCGGGGGAUGAGUGGUCAAUGGGAAUGCUGACGAUGACCACCGCUACCAACGCCACUAACCCGACCACCGUGUCGUCGAUGAGGUCGGAGAUGGCAGCGAGCCUCGCAGGCGUCUUCAUCCUCAUGUUCCUCUUCCUCCUCCUCCUUUUCAUCUUGGUCUGCCGCCCCUGGCGCUUCUUCCUGUCUCCCUCCACCACGGUAUCCUCCCCCCGUCUCCCUGCGUCUGCCGUCAAGGCUGAUAAUCUUGUGAGACCUCUUCUUUCUGAUAAUGUGGAUGGUAACUCUGGUCAAAGCUAUGAUAUGCCUGAAAUUUUUCUUGAGGCUUCACGAAUUCAAAUUAAUGAAAAUACCACUUGGUCAAAAAAGCAGGGACUUGUUAGUAAAGAGCAGGUCCAAUCAACCGAUUUUUGCGCUUCACAAAGCGAUAGUUUGGUACUGGAUGUUUCUUACGAUGCUUCUCAAGAUAUUGAAGUUGGUCAUACACUUAAGCGUUCGGUGACAUCAAGCUGGCCAAUUGAUGACAAAAAACAUAUCAGAGAGGAUUCUAAUUUUGAUAUUAGAAUCAUUAAUGAGAAGCCUAGAAGUCCAGUUUCUUCUUUCACUGAUAAAAAAAUUCUGCGAAGCAGCUUGACCUUGGAAGUCAUAGCUGGUCCUUCUCAUGGGCUUUGUUGCUCCAGGGAGUCAGCAAGCACUUCUGUGCUUCCCCUAACACUUGGAAGGGUUUCUCCAAGUGAUUUACUGUUAAAGGAUUCAGAGGUUUCAGGGAAACAUGCAAAUAUAAAUUGGAAUGUGAACAGUCUAAAAUGGGAACUGGUGGACAUGGGUAGCUUGAACGGAACAUAUUUGAACUCUUUGGCAAUUCACCACCCAGAUUAUGGAUCUAGAAAUUGGAGUGAGCCUGUUCAGCUUGCAGAUGGAGAUAUUAUCACCCUUGGCACUUCUUCUAAAAUUUCUGUUAAGCUUUCACAAUAUUUUGAACAUCAUAUACCUUGUGGAGUUGGUAUGGUUUGUGAUCCAAUGUCUGCACGUCGAGGAGGAAAAGUGCUUCCAAUGGAAGAUAUAAGUUUCUGCCAGUGUCCCCUUCCUGGUGUUGAACAGUUUGGCAUUUUUGGUAUUUGUGAUGGGCAUGGUGGAGCUGGAGCUGCCAAAGCUGCAAGCCAGAUGCUACCUGACAAUGUGGCUUCUAUUUUAUCUCGUCCUGAAAGGAGAUCAAAUGUUUUAUCCCUUUGUGAUGCUUCAGAUAUUCUGCGAGAUGCUUAUGCUCGGACUGAAGCUGACAUGAGUCAUGAGUACGAGGGUUGUACUGCAACGCUUCUUUUGAUUUGGUUUGACAAUAAUAGAAAACUCUUCGCACAGUGCGCAAACUUGGGUGAUUCAGCUUGUGUUAUGAAUGUUAAUGGAAAGCUUAUCCCUAUGACAGAGGAUCAUAGGGUAACUAGUACAACUGAACGUGCUCGCUUUGCCAAAUUAGGAAAACCAUUAAAAGAAAGUGAAACACGCCUUUGUGGAUUAAACAUUAGCCGAAUGCUUGGUGACAAGUUUCUGAAAGAACAAGAUGACCACUUCAGUUCAGAGCCGUACAUAAGCCAGGUUGUGGCAAUUGAGAAUUCAUGCACAGCAUUUGCAUUGAUAGCAAGUGAUGGACUGUGGGAUGUUAUCAGCAUGAAAAAGACAGUGCAGCUUGUCCUUCAGAUGAAACAGAAAAGCAAUAAUGAUGAUCAAAACUCGGCAGAUAUGAUAGCAAACAAUGUGUUGAGUGAAGCUAGAACCUUAAGAACAAAGGAUAACACAUCUAUUAUCUUCUUAGAUUUUGAUGCUUUGAGAACAGAUUCUUGUAUUACGAAAGCAUGAAACUUGCAAAAUUUCAUGAUUUUUGCAGGUCUUAGUAAAAUCAUGAAAUUUGUCAAGGUUUUUUUUUUUUUUUUUUUUUUUUUUUUCAUUUUAUGGUUUUUAUUAAGUUUAGUUGUAUCAAAGUAGGCUGGCCUUUCUUUUACUCUCGUAAUAUAUAUAACUUUUCUAGGACAAGGCAAAACUUGAUCAA